AUGGAGCGAAGACCUAGCUCUAGACAAGAUAUUCGGAUGCAGCCUUACAGUACUUGAUGGCGCUCUGCGACUAGACGUUCUCUUUCGACCGUGACCUGCUGCUUUUGACCUCUGUGCCUUAGCUUCAAGUUCAAUGUUUACUCAUUUUGUUUACCGGGCAACCACGGCAAAUUGGCGGUUAGUACACGUGGCUCUGGGCUGUUUAAAUUUACGUGUUUUAGCGCGAAAGUUGAAUUUUUCCUAUUGAUCACUGGUUUUCACGAUAUGACCACGAUGACGAUGCCCAACAUCAUGCAUCAAGCCACGCAAGUGUCCGACGCGGUUUCCACAUGCAUGACAUGACCAGCUGACAAGUGUGAUGCUUGCCACUGCUACAUGUAGAAUGCAGUCAUCAUGAACUUUGUGAUCGACUUCAGGAACAAACCAAAUCUGGGAGAAGGCGAACAAACUGUUACUUGUAAAGAUCUUGAUCAAGCGGAGAAGGAAAACGAAAUGGGCAAAGGCAGUCUGCAAGAAGCCUUUAUGAAAUUCAGGAAAAAGAGACAGGCGGAUAUGCGGCUCAUCAAAGAAAUGAAAGAAAAAAACUUGGCUGAAAUGAAAGAUCCAGACCGUAUGUGGUCAUUGAGAAUGAAAUUCCUUGAGAGGGCUAAACAUUACUUUGGGGUGCCAUAUGCUAAGCGAUAUCAUGGUCCAGAAAGUCCAGACCACAAUGCACCUCUGUUCCUGGACUGCUGUGGACUAGUCCGCCGUGUCUUGCUUGACCUCAAGGAAGACUUUGGCUUCAAGAUAGGACGAUGGAACCAGGCCUACCAAUAUGACACGCUGCCAAUUACUAUUCUGAAGGAGGAAGAUAUGAAACCGGGAGACCUUGUUUUUAUUUCAGCCAUCUACCACAACCUGAAGAGUAAGAAGCAAAAGCACAACAUGGUACACGUUGAGAUCUGGGCAGGCGAGGACGCUAAGACAAUAGGGGCUCGAUGGCAGCGGGGUCAUGUUCAAGUCUUUGAUUCCUACAAGUUUGAAGCCAAGAGUUACCAUAGUAUGGUGUAUCACUUCAAGUCGAUUGAUACAUGGCUGCAAGGAAUAUGUAGAAGUUACUGUCCCGAGCAUCCAUGGGUGGUUACAUCCUACCAACCAGGAUGUAAGUCCAUCUUUGUCAUUCAGAAUGAAUCUGAGGAAGGCCAGGCUGCUCAAGAUAGUGGAGAAGAAAGCUGCGAGGAAGAUGAAGACCAGACAGAAAAGACCAACAUGCUGGAGUAUGGAAAAGAGGACAGGUCGUAUGUUUGUGCUGCCUCUGACACCGGAUGUGAAGAUGUCAAAGUGGAGGACAAUUCUGAGACCAAAGAUAUUCAGAGACAACCAAAGAUUACAGGGCAGUCAGAAGAACUUGAGAACCUCAGUGGUGGAAAUGACCAAUCCAUAGCAGAUGAAUUGACAGAAGAAGUAGUAACUUACCAGGUGGACAUUAAUUAUAAAAUGGAGGCUGAGGAAGAUCUAUCACAAAUUAAAUUGCCUUGCCUCCAAUGUGAAUUUUUGGCACUGGAGGCCAUGAAUAGUUGCAAAGAUAGUGACUGUUGCCAUGACAACACUUCAGAGCCUCAGGAUGGUGACGAUGGGAAAAAGACAAGCUCAUCAAGUGAAUCGACUGAAAAAGACGAGACACAUAAGAAUGCCAAGUCCUCAACGGACACGCCGUCCUCACAGAAGAGCAACAGAAGAAAAGAAAGAAAUGCUGAUGAACUACCAGACCAAGGAGCAAAGUAUGUAACAUCACCAAGAAGUGGAGUAGGUAGAGAGACAGGACCAGCUUUCUACAUUGGAGGAGCUAAUGGUGUAGCACUAGUGGAAGGCCCCCUUUUAGCCAAAGGCUGGCGACGAAUACAUGACAGAACAAAUGAAAACUACAAACUGAAAUGGGUUGAAUUGAAAUCGCACAUCAACUACCAUUCAUUCAAAGCAGGAGAGCAGCUGGUCAACCGCAUCCCAAACACUGGUUACCUAGCAACCAAGGUGGGUCUCCUUGAGACUCUGCGGGAGUAUGAGCGAGUCAACCAGAGGAUGCAGCGGGGAAAGAGCAGUCGACUACUCAAGAUGGGAGAUUUCUAUCCUGAGUCAUAUAACCUUGACAACAAGGCAGACAGAGACUCAUUCUUCCAUAGACAUCAAGAUGGAGAUACUUGGAUUAGUAAACCAAACAGCAUGAAUCAAGGCAAGGGCAUCUACCUGGUGAAAGAUAUCAGCAACAUCCAACACAAAUACCAGCUGAUGGAAGAAAGUGGCACCACAAUAGCACCACGUAGGGGGAACCAGUCAAGAUUAAUACAGAGAUACAUACCAAACCCUCUCCUUUUGGACGGCAAGAAGUUUGAUGUACGUGCCUACAUGUUGAUAGCUUGUACGACUCCAUACAUCGUGUUCUAUCACUCUGGUUACCUCCGCCUGUCAUGUGACUCGUAUGAUCCAACCAGUGAUGAUUUGGCACUCCAUCUAACCAAUCAGUUUGUACAGAAGAAGAAGCCAGGCUACCAAGAUGUGAAGGAAGAUACGGUGUGGAGCAUGGAAAGAUUCAAUGAUUAUAUCAACACACUGGCCAAGGAGAAAGGACUACCCAAAGACUGGGUGCUGAAUCAGUUCACGAAACGGAUGAUGCAGAUUAUGACCCACUGUUUCAAUGCCGUCAAGAAUAAACUGCAAUGCAAGCUGGGAUACUUUGACCUUCUUGGCUUUGAUUUCCUAUUGGAUGAGAGCAUGAAGGUGUAUCUGUUGGAAGUGAACGUGAACCCUGCACUGCAUACAAACUGUGAAACAUUGAGAAACCGGUUACCACCGAUUGUACACGAGACAUUGGACAUAGUUUUGGAGAUCUUUGACAAAUGUCGUCACAGCCGUCCCAUCAUGCCCCUGAUUUCUCAGCGGAGAAUGACUUUGCUGUACAAUGAUGCCGUCUCGGGUUCUGUCCACCGUCACAUGACCCAGUCCACAUCCCCCCCGCGUCAGGCUGGAAGCCCUACACAUACUACCAGGUCACGAUCAACAUCACCAGCAAAAAGACAAAGAGGAAUAGUGAUGUCCUUGAGGAAAAAUGUCACAAAAAUGACAGUCAAGGACAAUGACAUGGCACCUAGUGGUGGCACAGGUUAAAUGAAUGUAUGUUAACCACUUGCUGCCGGGGGCAGUUAUCAAUGUUGAUGAUGCUGGAUAAUUAUAAUUUUUUCCUGUUUUCAA